AGCGGCGCCGCCAUCCCGCCGCCACGGCAACGGGCCCGGCACAGCGCAGCUGUCCGGGGGGGAAGGAGGACAAGGACGCUCUCCAUGCAGCUUCCCUCCGCCAGGACGGAGGAGACGGCCCUCCGGGGGACUCGCGGAGGCUCGGGCCCCGUGAGCAAGUGAAAGCUCGGUCGUGUGUUCAUCCCUGGGACCAGGCGAAGAACAGCCCCGCCACCAUCACCCCGCCCGGCGGCGGUACCGCCCCAAUUACAGGCGGCGUUCUGCACUGCUCGCGAGCGUUCGGUGAGUCGGUCGCCAUGGGAACGGCUGCGCUGCCGCCCUCCCGCGGUGACAAUGGAUAUUACAAGGGGGAGCUUGGAUAAAAUUUCAAGGCCUGCAUCUAGCUCAAGAGCUCAUCUUAGCUGUAGAUCUUUAAAUACAUCUAUGGAGUUAUUAACACCAGAGCCAUGUUUGUCAAAGGUUGAUUCACCUGUCAGUUUGGCUGGUGGUCAUCAAAGAGGCAGUCUAGAAGACUGCUGUGCAGAAGAAGACAAAGAUGAUGACAGAGAGAAAUCUGAUGUCAAGGACAUAAGAUCAGAUCAGCAAACCACAGUGGAGAGAUGUCUCUCGAAUUCGGAUUCUGGAAGUGAUAGCACUGAAACACAGGCUUUGAAAUUGUGUGAAUCUUCCAAGGGAGAACCAAGUGAUGCAAAAGCAGCAAACUCUUCCAAUUUGGAAUAUUCCGAAGAAACAGAUGUAGAUCCUCAGAUUGAAGCAGCUAUAAAGAAAAUGAAUAAACUUGACACAAUACUGGCACAACAACGUUUUAAGGAGAAAGCAAUUAAAAAGCAAGGUGAAGAAAUGAGGGCAAAGCUCUGGGAAGAGCUUCAGUCUAUCAGAACCACUGGAAGCCAUGAGGAGAUAGAAAACACAAACCUUUUUUUAGCUUUGAUCUCAUCAUGGCAGGAUACAGCUGAUCCCUCCCAUGCUAAAGAAGAUGAAAUAGGUACUUCAGUAUUUCACACACAAAUUAAUCCAGAAGAUUAUGAUUGCUCUAAAACCCAACCUAAUCAUGAUUAUCCAAGUGAAUUAGAAACAAAUGAAUUUCCUAAUCAAACAGAAAAAACAUAUAGCAAGAGUAAAAAUCAGGAUUUCAUUAAAAAGAACAUUGAGCUAGCAAAGGAUUCAGGAAACCAAAUUGUUAUGCUUGAGGGAGAAAGGAAAAGGCUAAUUGAACUAUUGAAAGAUACAGAAGAUGGAAUUGAAUUGCAAAGUCUUGAGGAGGAUGUAUCUGGCUGGCUAGCACCAGGAGAAGCAUACACACCUGAACCAAUGGAAUAUCAUCACCUAAAGGAGAUAGACAUUAAGCUUCAAAUACUACGAUCUGAUGGAGGUUUUUCUGUGAUUUCCAGUUCUUGCUCAAAAUCUCCAAGACAGGUUUAUCAGGAGUGCCUGGUUUAUGCAAACAGGAAUCUAGAAGCAGUUCCAGGUGAAAAGGUUCUGCGAGACAAUAAGGAACAACGUGAUCAACAAAAUCGUCUGAAAGAAAUAGAUCAUCAGCUGAAAUCCCUAGAGAGAAAUCUUACUGAAAAACAAACGGGCCUCUCUGAAGAGCAGCUUAAGACCCUUCUGGAAGAAUGUAUGCAGCCUCAGAGAACAAUAAGCAACGUUACCAUGCCAAAGUCUCAGGAAUCUCUUUCUUUUGGAUUAAGUCCCCCUUGUUACACAAGUCAAGACUCUACUCCUCACUCCACAUCUACUCUUUCCAAAAUGUUAGUUGAAGACCAUAUUGUAGGGAUGUUAACAGCUCACGAAAAGGCUGGACUUGAAGACAAAAGCUUAUGUGUUAAUGCAGAGAGUGAAAUCCCUGGCUACUAUACCAGCAAAGCACUGGCUGAUAGUCAGUUAUCAAAGGAUUCACUGGCCCAAACAGAGGAACCUGAUGACCUAGAAGGUUUACAGAAGAUGGGAGAUAAGAGUAUUAUUGAAGGUUACUUUAUGUCAAGAGCACUCAACACAAAAAGGAUGAAGAAACCUUCUUUCUUGGGUGAACCAUUAUAUUGCAUCAGUGUGAACAAUGAGCCAUCCACGGAGGCUGACAUUCUCGGCAUACCACUGCAAACCAAAGGAGAUGAUACGAAGAUUGAAAGUUGAGGGGAGAGUGAUUAUAUGCUUCUUUACACAACUGUUUUUCUGAAAGUGUGGUUAAACCUCCAUCAGUUAUAUUAUACUGACACGGUAUCAUUUCAGACGACCUCAAGGGAAUGAAUUAUCAUAACGGAAAACUGUUCCAUGAACUGAUAUAUUCUUAAGAGAUAGUUAUUAUUAUUAUUAUCAUUAUCAUAUAUUGUUGCAGUUUGACUUCAAAAUAAACUCUGCAUUUCAUUAAAUUUCCUGUGAGUGUUC